AUGGCUGGUCAAACCUACAGUGCACCAGAGCCCGCAAGUCCGCCUUCUUCAGGAGCUCCAUCUGGUGAAAGAACGCCCCUACUUCCCCAGGAGACAGCAGAGGAGAGGCCGGCGCAAGCUUCGGAGGGUUCUGGAGAGGCGGAGAACUUGCGUUCGCAGGGUUCUCAGUCUCAGGCCUCAGGCGACGGCGCCGAAAGCCAGAGCGAAGAUAGCCCAUUGAUCGAAGGGGAAGCGAGGGAAAGCAACUCAUUUUUUACAUGCUCGAGUGGUUUAGCCAUCGCCCUAAUGCUACUCGUAGCGAUUGAGUAA